CCCAGCUUGUGCUCUUCUCGUGUCAACCUCGCGCUUUAAACUUUUACCUUCAUUUCGGCACUAGAGAAUCUGCAAAAAUGGUGAAGAACUACCCAGUUGUGAGCGAGGACUACAAGAAGGCUAUUGAGAAAUGCAGGAGGAAACUUAGGGGUUUCAUCGCUGAAAAGAAAUGUGCUCCUCUCAUGCUCCGUAUAGCAUGGCACUCUGCUGGUACCUUUGACGUGUGUACUAAGACCGGUGGUCCUUUCGGUACCAUGAGGCACGCCGCAGAGCAGAAUCAUGGGUCUAACACUGGUCUAAACAUUGCUGUCAGCCUGCUCGAGCCCAUCAAGGAGCAGUUCCCCAUCAUCUCAUACGCUGAUUUAUAUCAGUUGGCUGGUGUCGUAGCUGUUGAGAUAACUGGUGGGCCAGAUGUACCCUUCCACCCAGGCAGGCAGGACAAGCCUGAGCCACCUCCAGAAGGUCGUCUUCCUAAUGCCACCAAGGGUUGUGACCAUCUGAGGGAUGUCUUUGUCAAACGAAUGGGUCUGACUGACAAGGACAUUGUUGUUCUGUCUGGUGGCCACACCCUGGGAGCUUGCCACAAGGAGCGUUCUGGGUUUGAUGGUCCAUGGACCACCAACCCACUCAUCUUUGAUAACACUUUCUUUACGGAAAUCUUGACCGGAGAGAAGGAAGGCCUCUUGCAAUUGCCGACUGACACGGCUCUUAUCCAUGACCCUGUCUUCCGUCCUCUUGUUGAGAAAUAUGCUGCGGACGAGGAUGCCUUCUUCGCCGACUAUGCAGAGUCUCAUAUGAAGCUCUCUGAGCUCGGAUUUGCUGAGGAUUAGGCAUCUGCACGGAGAACAGCUGAUAGUGCCCAUGCAUGACUUGUCUCUUUCUUGUUCCUUGGUUUCUCAUAAAUGGUUUUUCAGAUUUAAAUAAAGCCAAGAGUUGAUAAUCUAAAUGUACUUCGCUUUUUUGGUUAAA